CACACAAAAAUACAUAAUUAUCAUUUUGAAUUCCUAAAUCCUUAAUCAGUGCUAGCUUUGUCAAAGAAAUCGAGCACAACUUCUUGAACCGCAUGGCAGGUCCACCACAACCAGGAAGCACUGGUAGUACAAGUACAAGUACAAGCAGAACUAAUUGGGUGGACAAGCUUGUCAAUGACUCCAUGAAUGAAGAAAUAUUUGCCACCCCCAGAUAUUCUCCAAAGCCAUGCACAAUGUCCCGAGCUCCAACAAACAUGAGACGAGUUGAUAAACAUGCCUACGAUCCUGUGCUUGUCUCUAUUGGCCCAUUUCAUUACAAGAAUCCCCAGCUACAAGGGCAUAAACUCCAGUUUCUUUUCGGUUUGAUGCGUUCUCAAAGCAAGGAAGAAAAAGAACGUAGGUUUCAACGUCUUGCUGAGGCCAUGAAGAAGUUGGAAGGGAGAGCAAGACAGUGCUACUCGGAGACCUUUGAAGACAUUUGUUCAGAUUGUUUUGUCCGCAUGAUGGUCAUUGAUGGUUGCUUCAUACUUGAGCUCUUGCGCUAUUAUCUAAGGACUGAAAAGGAAAUUGUAGGUGAUCCCAUCUUCAGAACACGUUGGAAGCUACCUGUAAUUAGGUUGGAUUUAGUGAAGCUCGAAAACCAACUUCCAUUUUUUGUCCUACAAGAGUUAUAUAUGCUCACUAGCUUAGGCCAUGAGCUUCCUCUCAUAAAUAUUGCACUUAAUUUCCUUGAGCCUUUGGUCACUCGAUCACAAAAAACACCAAAACAAGAUCACUUUCUUGAACGCGCACCUGACCAUUUACUUGCACUAUUUCACUCAACUUUCAUUAUUCCAAGUGCUUAUGGGUCCCAAAUGCAAGAGAAAAAGUGUUUAAUACCAAGUGUUAGGGAGCUCCAGCGAGUUGGGAUUUUCUUAAAGAGUGGAGAGGGUGACCUAUUAGACAUCAAAUACCAGAGUCACCACAUGACAGUCUUGACUGGUAGGGCUCUACUAGAGAUUCCUCCUCUUUUCAUUGACUAUAAAACUGGACCAAUCUUGAGAAACCUUGUUGCCUAUGAACAAUGCGAUAAAACUGUAAAACCUUAUUUCACAUCUUAUAUUAUGUUUUUCGAUGGACUUGUGAACACUCCCGAAGACAUUCAAAUUCUUCGUAAGAAGAAGAUCUUUUAUCAUGUUCUGGGCAGCGACAAUGAGGUUUCUGAGCUUCUCAAUGAUCUCACUAAGGAUGUUGCUUAUGAUUGGCAUGAGUGCUACCUUGCUCCACUGAUACAAAAAAUUUAUCAGCGUAGCAAUAUGGCACACCUCAAGAUCCAGGCAGCGAUAAGACGUGAAUAUUUUUCUUCACCAGUCAAUUGUAUAUCAUAUCUUAUCACGUUUCUUUUAUUGUAUCUUACUGUCAUUCAGACCAUGUUUACUGUUAUUGCUUUCAUUAGACAACGCCCAUGAUAAUUAAAUUUCAAGUAGGAUUGAAUUGUAUGAUAAUUUGCUGUUACCCUUGUGACUAUUAGUAUUUCUUAAGUAGUAACAUUAAGAUGUAUUUAACAAGAUUGUGGCCUGGAACGGAAAGUGUUUCUUUGAUGAACUUAAAUUUUGUCGUAAA